GGUUCCAGAAAGGUCAACGUUCGUACGGUGAUGCAAUGCGGUGUAACAGGCAUGGCGUGAUCUUUGCGUGAUCGCUUGGCGGAAAAUCCAUAAAGCUGUCCUUCUUUUCAUACACAAAACAAGCUCCAGACAGUGCAACCGGGUCGUCGGUAAAUGCAGCUUUCGAAUUGCCCCACCCAUGCAUGAAGUGGUACCUCCCACUUCAAGGAUUGGAACUUCAGUGAAAGGACCUGACAUCUCAAGCUUUGUCAUAUUGACAUUCCUUCAGAACAAAUUCUAACCACUGUGUGUGCUGGCUCUGAAAAUCUGAGAAGUGCAGUGAUUGGUCCUUGUGAGUUCCACUUCUGGAAUAUGAGAGGUGAUACGGCCCAUCCCACAGCGUUCCUUACGUCUUGACCAGUCUUCAGAAAUGAAAGAUAGAAUGGAGGAUAUCCAGCUGCAGGAUGUGAUGGGGAGUCAGGGGACCUGUACCGGAGUGCUUCACACCGAUGUUGUCAUCAUAGGAAAUGGUCCCUCAGGUAUCUGUCUGUCCUACCUGUUGUCAGGGAACUGGCCUUACGUGAAUAACCACCCCCAUCCCAACCCCUUCCUGGAGCGCAAACUGAGAGAGAAUUCAGACUGUUCCAUACUUCAGCAGGACCUGCAGUACCUGUCGGAGGGGCUAGAGGGCAGAUCUAACAACCCGGUUGCCCUGCUGAUGGACACCCUGUGCCACCCCAACGCAGACCUGGGAAUGGAUGAACCCUCCUGUCUGCAGUGGAACCACCAUCCAGCUCGGAACAUUCCACAUGUGGUCUUGGGGAGGGGACCACCAGGAGGGGCAUGGCAGGAUAUGGAUGGAUCCAUGCUGACCCUGAGUCUGGGAAACUGGAUGGAGUUACCCCAGAUGGACUUCAGACAAUGGGCACAGCACCACAGAAGUGAGAGGAAGAGGACUUGCAUGCGAUGUGGCCAAACACACUGCAUUAGCUUGACAAGAUCUCAGCACGGUGGUGUAAACUGCGCCCGCCAGGACAGGGCGUACAUUUCGGACGUGGCGCAGUACUACAGCGACUACGUGAAGCACAUGGGCCUGGAGAAGAACUUCCUGGUGGGGUCGACAGUGACGUCUGUCCGUCGGCUGGUGGUGGACUGUGCCUUCAUCAACCAGGAGAGUGGGGAACAGGAGGCCUCGUGUCAGCUCCACCGGCCAGAGUGCUGCCGGAAGAACAUGUGGGAAGUCAGAGGCGUCCUUCAGGCCGACGACCUCCAGCAGCCAUUUUGUUACCACGCACCCCAUGUUGUCAUGGCAACAGGAACCACCGACAUCCCCAACAGGCUCGACUUUAAGGGAGACAAUGACAAUGACGUUGUAGUCCACGACCUCAGGGAAAUCGAAAAAGCUAUAGCAAACAAAGAACUUGACGAACACUCUGAUCCGGUAAUGGUCGUUGGGGCGGGUCUCACUGCGGCGGAUGCCAUCUUGUGUCUGAGGUCUCGUAAGAUCCCCAUUGUCCACGUGUUCCGUAGAGAUGUCAAAGAUCAGGGCCUGAUAUUCAAGACCCUCCCAGACGGUUUGUACCCGGAGUAUCACACGGUGUAUCAGAUGAUGAAGAGUAAGGAUGGGUACCCGGGGUACAAGAGCUAUCCCCGGCAUGAAAUACUGGAGAUGAGGGCUGGCAGGAAAUGCGUUCUUAAGGGGCCAGUAAGGAGAUGUCUGAUCGGAAGGAUGAUAGAUUGUCCCGAGAAGGUGGUCCAUGUCUCAAAAGUCCUUGUCCUCAUCGGUGCAAGGCCGAAUUUGUCUUUCUUGGGGAACAAUGGGAUGGACCUGGCCGUAGACAGUACCAAACAGGUCUCUUGUAAGAAGAACCCCAUAGAUGUGGAUCCCUACACAUUUGAGAGUGCCAGGGCACAGGGGCUGUAUGCUGUGGGGCCUUUGGUAGGGGAUAACUUUGUCAGGUUUGUAAAGGGAGGACCUUUGGGCAUUGCAAGUCAUUUGGUGAAAACAAUGAUGGACAGUGACGCUACCAUGAUGUAAACCUGGCUUGUCCACUGGAAAUAUUAAUUGGUCAUUUCCAGAGGUAGAAUCUCUAACAGUUACUAAAUUCGCUCAUCCUAUAUCUCUAUUAGGAUCAUGUUAUGCUUAGCAUAUACAUGUAGUAGAGUGGACUCAUUCCUCAGCUGACAUUUAUCACACCAGUCAUCCCUCAGUAAGACAUCUGGAGCCACAUAGUUCUAGUUAAGAACUUUUAUUCCAGUUAAUCAGGUUGUGCUUAGUAGAUAGAUGUACAUGUUGUAAUAGUAAGAAGUGCAAGCUGCAACUUGUCUCCUUGUACACUGAUAUCUUAACUACCACAACCACAUUUUUAAACUCUGAUCUUUUUGAUGUAGUGCAACCCUGGCCUUUCCAUGAAUGUUGUAGAUAUUUUGUAUGUUUUGUUGUCAAGUUUCCUUUGUUUGGAAAGACCAGGAUAACUGUUGUGUGUGUGGCUAUGUCAGUGUCAGGAUUGUACAAGAAAGACUGCCAGUAAUAAUGACUGUAAAAGAGAAUAAUUACAUACAGUAAGUGGUGGAAUUUGUCAGUCAUUUACUCUAUAAGACAUUAUUUACACAUGAUAUACUUGUGCAACUAUAAGAUAUUUGUAAAAGUUGUUUUACUUUUACUUUUGUUUGCUUAACAUCUUAUUUGCAAGGGGUCUUUUUGACCAUACAUUUUUGUACUGUGUACAAUGUCAAUGUGUCAUCCAGGAUGGAUAUAGUUGAACUUUCUGUUUGGUGUAUUUAUGACUGGUUUAUGACAUGUUUUGUGUAUGACUUGUUUAAUUCUUGAUCAAAUUCAUGUUUAAGUAUAACAUAUUGUGAUGCCAGAAAAUAAUAUCUUACAUGUGCUUAUUAAAAAUCCCCUUUUCCAAUGGAGACAAUCUAAAUCAAGCUAUCAUGAAAUCGACUUGUUUGACUAUGCUGUAUAAAGGGUAUGUGAAUGAAAGUUUGAGUAUACAUUGUACAUGUAGAUGUAUAAUAUUGAUAGUACCGGUUACUAUGUACACCUUAGCACGGAUGCAAUUUUGUAUACAAAACACAGAAAAGUCAUUGAAUUCAACACAGUAUGCUUUUUUGUAGUUGGAUGUGAAUGUCAGAAUAAAAAUUUUCCUACGGAUUUU